AACGAUAAUGGCUUCCAUGUCGAUGUCUACAAUAGCUGAGGAAUUCCUGACUUGUUCUAUCUGCUUUGAAGUCUACACUGGCCCGAAAACACUUCCAUGCCUUCAUUCAUUUUGUAAAGGUUGCAUCGAUACCCUCACAAAGAAAACACCGAAUAAAAAGGAAUUUUCUUGCCCAGUGUGCAGGGAAACAUUCAAAAUUACUAAUAAUGAUGCAAAAUAUUUGAAAACAAAUUUCUGUUUGAAAAAGCUUAUUGAACUUGUUAGCUCUAGCAAAGAAGUCAAGAAACAGUGUUCGUUUUGUGGUUUAAAAGGCAAAAACAUUGAAGCAUCCUCACAGUGUUUUACAUGUAAAGAUUUACUUUGCUUUGAAUGUGCGGAGCAUCGACAUAGAUCUACAACACUAACAUUAAACCAUAAAAUUCGUUCCAAACAACAGAUUCCGUGUUCUGAACAUACUGGCGAGGACUUGAGGUACUUCUGCGAAACAUGUGAUGUUCCAAUUUGUCGAGAUUGUAUCGUUCUUGGCCAUCAAAACCAUAUAUAUGUUGCUCCAUUAGAUGCAAGGAAAAGAAUGGAAGAAAAUCUGAAUACACAUAUGAACUCGCUGAGAGAAAAUUUAGAAAAAUUUAAAACUGCAAAAGAAAAUGUAGCAUCUGCUUCAGCUAAAUUGGAGGUCGAAAAGCAAGAGUUGAAGGCAGAUUUAGAAAAGAAAAUGAAUAUCAUUAUCGAAAAUAUGAGGGACUCAAAAAAGUCAGUCGAAAACGAAUUCGAUCAGGUCAUGAAAUCAAAGCAAGGCAUGUUGCAAAAACAAGGGGAAUCAAUUGAAAAGGAAAGGAAAUUAAUAGAGGAGACAUAUUCGUUUUGCCACAACCUUCUCAGAUGUGGUAGUGAUAUUGAAAUUCUUACUAUGAAAUCAGAAAUAAAAGAUCGCCUCUCAACGUUACAAUCUUUGAAAAGAACUGAAAUUUGCAAAAUUGAAGACAUUGACUUACCUGUCAUUGAAACCAGUACUGAUGGAUGUAUUUUUAACUUGGUAUACCAAAUGGCAGGGGGAAGUAAGAGAAGUUUGAAUAAGGAAGACAAAAAACUAGAAAGAACAAAUCGAGAUAAGACUAAAAAUGAAACAAAACCAUCUGAAAAAAAUGCACCCAUUAGAGACGUAGUCAAUGGCUUAUAUCCUAAAUUACUACAAAGGUUUUGGGAACCUCACGAUAGCGAUAUUCAAAGAGCAAGAUACACAAGUGUAACGUGGAUUGGAGCCAGGACUGUGUGUUUAUCAUCAGAGGCUCUGGGUACAUAG